AUGCAGGGAGAACGAGGCAGAAUCGGGCCAACCGGUCCUGUGGGUAAACGUGGGACACCGGGACACGUUGGCAAACCAGGUCCUCUGGGUCCAAUGGGAAUCUCAGGUAUUCCAGGAUUCCCUGGAAACCCAGGAAUGAAGGGUGAACCAGGACCAACGGGGGUUCGGGGAAGCCCAGGACAGCAGGGACCCAGAGGGGACGGCGGACACGUGGGACCACCUGGACCCACCGGACAGCAGGGUGCUGCAGGACCUGACGGAACUCCAGGUGCACGAGGACAAGCAGGUCUGGCCGGUGUUCAGGGUCCAGCAGGACUCCUGGGCCCCUCAGGUCCCCCUGGCCCCCAGGGAACCACCGGGUCAGCAGGACCUAAAGGCCAACUGGGUGAAGUCGGAGUUCCUGGAUUCAAAGGAGAAGCUGGACUGAAGGGAGAACGAGGCGACCACGGCACUCAGGGUUCGCUGGGCCCGAUGGGGGAGGACGGGAAGCGAGGCCCCCGAGGUGAUGCUGGAUCCAUCGGGCCUCCAGGACCUCCAGGAGAAACUGGAGCUCCAGGAAACCGAGGAUUCCCCGGAGCUGAUGGAUUACCGGGACAAAAGGGAGCUCAGGGCGAACGAGGGCUGCAAGGCUCGGUCGGCGCUAAAGGUUUACCAGGAGAUCCAGGACGCAACGGAGAACCGGGUUUAACUGGAGCUCGGGGUCUCACAGGACUCAUCGGCGCCCAGGGACCAGAGGGAAAGCUCGGCCCAGUGGGCUCAGGGGGAGAAGACGGCAAACCAGGCCCGGCUGGUUCUACUGGAAACAGGGGCUCAGCUGGAUCCAUGGGCCUGCCGGGACCAAAGGGCUUCGCAGGUGACGCUGGUAAGAUCGGAGAGGCUGGAAGUCCUGGAUCUCCUGGUCAAAGGGGACCAAACGGAAAAGACGGCGAGGGAGGCGCCGCCGGUCCAGCGGGUCCAGCUGGUCCAGCAGGAAAGAGAGGAGAGCAGGGACCUCAGGGAGUCAACGGGUUCCAGGGUUUGCCUGGACAACCAGGUCCACCUGGAGAGUCUGGAAAACCAGGUGAUGAGGGUCUUGCCGGAGAGGUUGGUGCCGUCGGAACUACAGGUCCAAGAGGAGAAAGAGGUCCCCCAGGAGAAAGAGGUGAAAUCGGACCCAAUGGGCUGCAGGGACCCAAAGGUAGCCCGGGUGGACCAGGACCAGAUGGGCCGAAGGGUAGCCCUGGUCCCAAGGGAGCAGGUGGAGAGCCAGGAGGUCCAGGACUGAUGGGGAUGCCCGGGGAAAGAGGCAUAUCAGGACCUUCAGGCCCAAAGGGAGAUGCUGGUUCUGUUGGAGACAAAGGUACUGAAGGCAAAGCAGGAGCUGAUGGAGCGAGGGGGCUUGCUGGUCCUGUUGGACCUGCUGGUUCCAGUGGUCCAAAUGGAGAGAAGGGUGAAACCGGACCACCAGGACCUGCAGGACGCCGAGGCUCCAGAGGAAUUGCUGGUUCUACUGGUGACGCCGGUCCGAUCGGCGCUGCUGGCUUCCCUGGACCUUCUGGUGUUGACGGUCAGCCUGGAGUCAAAGGUGAAACAGGUGAGACAGGAAAGAAGGGCGAAGGCGGAGCACCUGGACCUCAGGGGAUGGCCGGGAAACCAGGAACUCAGGGGCCUGUUGGUGUCGCUGGACUGAAAGGAGCCAGAGGAACGCAGGGUCCAACGGGCUCUCCUGGGUUUCCUGGGUUGCCUGGAGGAGUUGGUCCACCCGGCUCUCUCGGUGCCGUUGGUGCAGACGGACCCAUCGGUGCUCCAGGAAAGUCAGGUCCUGCUGGGAUCCACGGAGAGAACGGAGCUGUGGGACGUCAAGGCGAGAGCGGACAUCCGGGUCCGGCGGGAAGCCCUGGAGAGAAGGGAGACUCUGGAGAGGACGGUCCACCGGGCCCUGACGGACCACCAGGACCUGCCGGCACCGCGGGACAGCGAGGAGUCGUGGGUCAGCCAGGACUGAGAGGAGAGAGAGGCCUGCUGGGACUGCCGGGUCCUGCUGGUCCACCAGGAAAAGCAGGAACUCCUGGAACUCAGGGAGGCGCAGGUCCUGCCGGAGGAGUUGGUUUACCAGGAGCCACCGGACCGAGAGGAGACGCCGGACCUGAGGGCAUCGCUGGAGCAGAGGGGUCUCCUGGCAAAGACGGUCUCGUGGGGGAGAGGGGAGACAAGGGAAAUCCUGGUCCAGAGGGUCUGGCUGGUGUGACAGGGUCUCCAGGUACUGAGGGUCCGGUGGGACUGACUGGCAGUCCAGGACAAAGAGGCGACAACGGAGCCAGAGGUGCCCAGGGACCUCAAGGACCAGCCGGAGUACGAGGAAAAGUGGGGCCUCAAGGGCCACAGGGAGAUAAAGGAGCAGCCGGAGAGCCUGGAGAGAGGGGCCAGAAAGGACACAGAGGGUUCACCGGCCUCCACGGCCUGCCUGGAAUAACCGGCGCCACAGGAGACGCAGGAGCGACAGGGAUUGUUGGACCAGCUGGACAGAGAGGGCCUCCAGGAGUGACCGGGCCAAUAGGAAAGGAAGGAAAUAUCGGGCAGCCUGGACCAAUGGGCGCUCCUGGAAGCAGAGGAUCCAGUGGAGACAUCGGAGCUCAGGGUCCUCCUGGUGAACCCGGACCCCCCGGCCCUCCAGGCUCCCCAGGCCCUCCCACCGCCGCCGUGGAAGACCUCUUCGUUGCCCCGGUCGAUUACGACGGCAACGGCGACGUUCCAGAAGCCGUGGAGUUCUCCGAAUACGACGUAGCCGCCGAUCCUCCUCCGCCUCCGGAGUUCAACAAAGACGAAGCUCUUCCCAAUAAGAACUCGGCCGUCCUGCGCGCAGAAACCGGCGUCCACGCCACGCUGAAGACCCUCAGUGGACAUCUGCAGAACCUCCGCAGCCCCGACGGCAGCAAGAUGAACCCGGCGAAAACCUGCCAGGACAUCAAGCAGUGCUACCCCCAGAAGAUGAGCGGUGACUACUGGAUAGAUCCAAACCAAGGAAGCAUAAAAGAUGCCAUCAAGGUCUUCUGCAACAUGGAAACUGGUGAAACCUGCGUCUCUGCCAACCCGACCAACAUCCCCCGAAAAGCCUGGUGGACGAAAUCCAGUCCCAACCCCAACAAGCCUGUCUGGUUCGGCGCUGAUAUGAACGGUGGAAAUAGAUUUGGAUACGGCAACAAGGAUGAGCAGCCCAACGCGGUGGCGGUUCAGCUGAAGCUGCUGCAGCUUCUGUCCAAAGAGUCGCACCAGACGGUCACCUACCACUGCAGGAACAGCCUGGCUUAUAAAGACGCCAAGGGCACCCUGAAGAAAUCUCUGGUCCUCAAAGGCUCCAACGGCCAAGAGCUGCGAGCGCAAGGCAUCAACCGGCUGCGGUACACCGUCAUCGAGGACGGCUGCUCGAAAUCAACUGGAGAAUGGAGCAAGACAGUGUUGGAGUACAGGACUCAGACUCCGGCCAGGCUGCCCGUCGUGGAUUUGGCCCCAGUGGACAUUGGAAAGGCCGAUCAGGAGUUUGGCCUCGACAUCGGCCCCGUGUGCUUUUCAUAAAGUCGGAAGACGAAUCGCCCUUUUUUAAGAGGAGGAACAACACCAGAAAAUAUAGCAUAUGGACGCCUCUUUCUGUGAGCCGAUGAAGGUUAGAUGUUUCAUUGCUGCCAUUCUUCGCAAACGGCUGCGAGAGCUGGACGCUAAUUUAUUCACCUCGUCCUUAAUUUUACAAUCUCGAAAUAAGAAGUAAGAGGGGUUUAGAUGGAUUGUAAACCUGCAUAAGCUGGGAUUUUGGAAAUCGUUCACGAUAGAAGUGAAUGUUUAUAGUGAAUAAAAGCAAACUUUUUCUCCAGUAAAUGCACAUCCAGAGGCCUGGAUAGAGUUGAUAUAGAGAUAUGUAGUUUUUAAUUUUAAUGGAAUAAACAAGAAAUUCAAGCUUGAAUCUAAAUUAUUAAGUUCUGCACAGGAACUCAUUUACUCUUUCACCAGAAAACCUUUGUAUCCUGUAACUGUAAAUGCAACAUAUGACUGUAAAUUGCAGAUUAUUUGUUUAUUGUGUGACUGUGGAUGUGGAAUAAAUGUCUUUCUUUGGACUGA